GGAGAAUAUUACUGUUGUCACCUACAGCUCAAAAUUUUGGUCAUGCAUAUACAUUUUUUCCCCCACUGGUUUGUUCGGAAUAAAUUCAGCACUGAUAUUCAGCUCAGUUAGGACAGUACUUCUAAAAAGUAUGUAAAAAUGACAAAUUAUUUAUUUGACCAUGCUUCUCUUCUCCCCACAAAUGAAGCUGCAAGCUAAUUUGUUCUGUCUUUCAUUCAGUGGAAAUCAAAAUCCUUGUUUGUUUUUGGAGGCAAAGGAAACAUGGGCAAAAGAAUAAGAGGAAUCAAUGCAACUAAAUUCAUGAAAUGGUUGAAGGUAGGUGGUACAGCUGUUUUGCUGGCACUGCCUAAAUUAUAGGUAACAACUUUUGGCAUGGAUAUAGAAAUUCUCCUCAUCUGUUGGAGCACUCUGGCACAGACUCAGAAAUGACCUGAAGUCAGAGCAUUGAGUACCUGUGUGUCCUGCAGUCAGCAGAGAAGAUGAUCAUCCUUCUGUGGUUCCAGCCAAAUUUUCCAGAGAACAUGUAUGUGAGGCUCUUGUGCAGCCUUUUAUUUCAGGAGGGACAACAUUUUGUCUGCUGGAGGUACAUUGUAAUGGCUUUUGCCAUCUCACAGUCAGGGUUUCCACCUGCUUCUGAGACAUGCCCUCCACCUAAUUAUUCGCAGUGGUGGUACCAGAGAACUCCCAGGGGAGGAUGAGAGACGGGUAGCUCCUGCAGGCACAACAGGUCUUUUCUAGGGAGGCUCUGCAGGGUGUGAGUGUUCAGCUGCAUCUCACGGACUUGAGCAGCAACUGAACAACAGUGAACGUGUUUCCGCUGGGUCUUUUGUUGCAAGUCCAAAUUUCUUGAAUAAAGCUGAGGAAGGGAGAGAGAGACUCAACAAUUAUCAUUUGCUGCCAUGUGGUGAUGACUGUAACUCAGUGCCUCCCCCCCAAAUCUUGACUAUUGUUCUAAGCUCACUAGCAGACAAAGAGUGAUGACAUCAUACAGUGAAUAUUAAUUGGAGUUUGCAGAUAGAGGGGAGUAAAUAGGGCAUGGAAAGCGACUGGAAAUUAAUUGAAUGACAGUCCUUCUGCUGUUGACACAGCAGUUACUACAUGGCUUGUACAUACGAAAGACUCGGAAUAGCCUAGUGUUACAAAAGGCACGUGCUUGUCAGCAAGCAGCACUUAGGUUCGUAUUUUGGACCUCCCUCUAAAAAGGCAAAGAAUAUGCUCUGUGUAGUGUAUUUCUAUUCUUGUGCUGCUUUUAGUGCAGCUGCCUUAGCAGAGUGCAACUGCAGACCUGCCUAAGGAAGAGUAGGCUCAAAUCCCUGUGGGCGUGGGCGUGGAGCGCUUUGGCUUCCACACCCGCUUGUAGAAUUGGGUCUUGUAUGCCUAGGCACAUGUCACUGGAAUGAAAAGGAGGCUGUAUAAACAGUUUUGUUUCUCUCUGUGUUGCCUUUCAGAAGUGCACUUGGACCCCCAGAGAACAUGGUGCCCCACAGCUGACUGCCAAACCGUGUGCCACAUUGCAGCAAGCGAGCCCAGAGCACCGGUGCCGGUGGAGUGCCCGGCUUGCCACCUGACAUUCUGCUCCUCUUGCAAGGAGGCCUGGCACCUGCAGCACCUGUGCCAGGAAAACCAACCUACUCCAGUCCCAACCGAGCAGGGAUCCCUUAUUGGAACAGAGACAGAGGCACCAAUUAAGCAGUGCCCAGUUUGUCGGAUCUAUAUUGAGCGAAACGAGGGCUGUGCUCAGAUGAUGUGCAAGAACUGCAAGCACACGUUUUGCUGGUACUGUCUACAGAAUUUGGAUAACGAUAUCUUCUUACGCCAUUACGACAGAGGCCCUUGCAGAAACAAGCUCGGCCACUCGCGGGCUUCAGUGAUGUGGAACAGAACUCAGGUUGUGGGGAUCCUCGUUGGACUCGGUAUCAUAGCACUGGUGACCUCUCCCUUGCUGCUCGUGGCAUCUCCGUGCAUCAUCUGCUGCAUUUGCAAAUCUUGCCGGAGCAAAAAGAAAAACCACAGCCCACCAACAACCUAAAACUCUGUGUCUGUUUGAGUCUGCACCCAUACAGCAUAUGUAUGUGAGAAAGCACAUUGGUUGUAUUUUGGUGCCACACCUACCAAAAAAUGCUCCUUUUUGUCUGCCAA